GGGGUGCUCGCCGCGAAGGCCGUGGACAGGCGUCCGUGCGUCCUGGUCCGGGCAUGUCCGCGUGAGGACGCCGCUGCCGCCCUGUCUCAGCCCCCGCCUGGUCGCGCCGCACACCAUGGGCUCCAUCCUGAGCCGCCGCAUCGCGGGGGUGGAGAACAUCGACAUCCAAGCCAACUCGGCCUAUCGCUACCCGCCCAAGUCCGGAAACUACUUUGCUUCACAUUUUUUCAUGGGAGGUGAGAAAUUCGACACUCCUCACCCUGAAGGUUACCUCUUUGGAGAGAAUAUGGAUCUGAACUUCUUGGGCAGCCGCCCAGUCCAGUUUCCCUAUGUCACUCCAGCUCCCCAUGAGCCGGUGAAGACACUGAGGAGCCUGGUGAACAUCCGCAAAGACUCCCUACGGCUUGUGAGGUACAAAGAUGAUGCCGACAGCCCCACCGAGGACAGCGAGAAGCCCCGGGUGCUGUAUAGCCUGGAGUUCACCUUUGAUGCUGACGCCCGCGUGGCCAUCACCAUCUACUGCCAGGCAGUGGAGGAGUUCCUGAACGGCAGGGCUGUAUACAGCCCCAAGAGCCCUCCUCUGCAGUCCGAGACUGUGCACUACAAGCGAGGUGUGAGCCAGCAGUUCUCCCUGCCCUCCUUCAAGAUCGACUUCUCACAGUGGAGGGAUGAUGAGCUGAACUUUGACCUGGACAGGGGCGUGUUCCCAGUGGUCAUCCAGGCCGUGGUGGAUGAAGGUGAUGUGGUGGAAGUGACUGGCCACGCCCACGUGCUCUUGGCUGCCUUUGAAAAGCAUGUGGACGGCAGCUUCUCUGUGAAGCCCUUAAAGCAGAAGCAAAUCGUGGACCGGGUCAGUUACCUGCUGCAGGAGAUUUACGGCAUCGAGAACAAGAACAACCAGGAGACCAAGCCCUCGGAUGAUGAGAACGGCGACAACAGCAACGAGUGUGUGGUGUGCCUGUCCGACCUGCGAGACACGCUGAUCCUGCCCUGCCGCCACCUAUGCCUCUGCACCUCCUGUGCCGACACGCUGCGCUACCAGGCCAACAACUGCCCCAUCUGCCGCCUGCCUUUCCGGGCCCUCCUGCAGAUCCGGGCCGUGCGCAAGAAGCCAGGAGCCCUGUCCCCCAUCUGCUUCAGCCCUGUCCUGGCCCAGAGCGUGGACCACGAUGAGCACUCUUGUCCCUUUAAAAAAUCAAAGUCGCACCCCGCCUCCCUGGCCAGCAAGAAACCUAAAAGGGAAACAAGCUCUGACAGUGUCCCACCCGGCUACGAGCCCAUCUCCCUGCUUGAGGCACUCAACGGCCUGCGGGCUGUCUCCCCAGCCAUCCCCUCGGCCCCCCUUUAUGAAGAAAUCACCUACUCGGGCAUCUCGGAUGGUCUGUCCCAGGCCAGUUGUCCGCUGGCUGGGAUCGACCGAAUCAUGGAAAGCAGCCACCAGAAGGGCAAGCCGCGGAGCAAGUCUCCUGACAGCACCCUGCGGUCCCCAUCGUCCCCCAUCCAUGAAGAGGAUGAGGAGAAGCUCUCUGAGGACUCAGAUGCUCCUCCCCCACUGAGCGGCGUGGAGCUGGCACUGCGGGAAAGCAGCUCCCCAGAGAGUUUCAUCACGGAAGAGGUUGACAAGUUGCCGUCACUGAAGCAAGGGAGCCGAGCGCCAUCCAUCGAGAACGUCCUACAGGACAGCAGCCCUGAGCACUGCAGCCACGGACAGCCAGGUCCACCUGCCGACAUCUAUCUGCCAGGAUGGCCCACCUCCAUGGAGACACCUUGCAGCCUCAGCACCACCACUGGUCCCCCCUGGCCUCCGCUGGGCGGCCCCAGUCCUGACCCUGGCACCACGGAGCUGACACCACUCUGAGAUCCUGGCCAGGUGGCAGCUUGGAGCCCUCAGCUGCCUGGACUUUGCCGAGGGGCUGCCCCAAACCCCAGUGUGACCCUGGCCUCCCUCUACUGUCUGCACACCCAGUAAGGCCACCAGGUUCUGAGGCACCAUGGUGACCCUCGAUCUAAGAGCACAGUGGACUGUCCCCUGUACAAACCCUUUUUCUACAGUUGAUGUAUUUGUCAAUGGUUCAAGAUGAAGGACAGCAGCUUUCUGUGCCAGGCACUGCGCCCUGGGGUGCCCCCCAAGUGCCCUGUUAGCUGAGGUGCGAGGUCUGGGGGGUGACUGCCCACGAGCAGCUUGGGACUGGCUUUACCCAGCACCCACCUGGCAGUGGGUUGGCACCCCAAGAACUUAACAAACCAGCAGAAGAGAACUUAUUAGUGGGUGAAGUGCUGUCCUCACAGAUGCUCUGGGAGGACAUGGGGCCAACUUACGGUCAAUGAAGGAAACGGUGUCUGUCCGCAUGCCUCCACGCAUGCUGCCGCGGCUGCUUUCCACCAUCAGCCGUGUUUGUCCCAGCCGCUCUGCUCUCUGCUGCCCCUCUCUGCUCCGGCCCUCCCCUGGGCAGCCAGGGGUGUGGGUGUGGUGCUGGGCCUGCCCGAGGUGUGGAGGCGGCUGGCCGGUGUCUGCUGGGUCCUGGCUUUGCUUACCUCGUCAGAGCCCACGUGUGGGGGGGCGGGGGUCUAUGCAGCCUGUGGCCCUGCCGUCCACCUGCCAGGGAGCACACUGGGUGGUUUCCUUGGCUCCCUGUUCACCAUUUAAAGGUCCCUCUGCAUUUCUCUUUGCUUUGUUCUGUCUGGGCUCCUGUUGCAGGACCUGCCUGGGGGAGCAGGGGUCUGGCCAUGAUGCUUUGCUUCUAAGGUGACCUUGCCUUUUUAAACUUCCAGCAACAGAAAGGCAGAGGAGGUGCCUGGCCUUGGUGCCCCAGGCCAGAGCUGCCCCAGCAGGGCUUUGAGCCUGUCAGGGAGCUGCCCUACAUCCACCCCUGUGGGAAGGAUGGUGGUGGGAUGGCCCCCAGCAGUCCACAGGACCCUGCACAGCCCUGGGCCCCACCCAGUGCCCUCCCUGAGGCUUGGGGUUGCUCCGAGCCCUGGCUUUGCCUGACAGGGCGCUUGGGAGAGAAACCCAACAGUGGAGGACUGGUUCUUGGGCCGAGCCUGUGAGUGGAACGUGGUCUUCGUGCAUCCAGGCCAGCUUCCCUUCUUGGCUCCUGUGAGCUCAUGCGUACACACACAUGCACACACAUGGGUGGGUUGUCGCCCUCCCACACCCCUCUGCCCCCGCCUGUGCGCUGGCCUCUCGCCAUUGGUGUUGGCGCUAGUACUUUGAAGGAUGAAUGAGGACUGGCCUGUCUUGGACUUAUAUGUGCUAUCACUUGAUGUAUUCUGAUUGGCUCGUUUUUGUUCAUUUUUACUGUAUAUUUAUAGUAAUAAAAUCAUGCAGCAAUAUCUUGUC